GACAUUUGAAGGCUGGAGCUUAAGGAGAGCAGAACAAUGGCAGCCAAACAGCAAGGCAAGAAGAAAGCCAGGGUUCCAAAGAGGAAGAACGUCAACAAGAAGCACCAACAAGCGCGAUGGAAUUGGAAGAAGCUCCAGGCUCAAAAACGUAAGAAGAAGCAGCCUCAUUUGAAGCGUCAAGCCAAGAGGACCUCAGCCGCUAAGUCAGGGAGCAGUGGGCAGCCAAGAAAGAUCUGUUCCUCAAAGCUCUUUGCUUCCAAAAUUCUGCGCCAGUUGCCCAAGGUGCGCAUGGAGGCCAAGGCCAGGAAUCUGAUGAAGACCUUGUUGGCAGACUUAUACAGUCACGUGGCGACCCAAGUAGAGGCCUUGAGGCAGAAAGCGGAGCAGGCCCAGGCCCUCGUCAGCUGCAACAAUGUCCAAACUGCCUUGAAGGAGGCCAUGGAGAAGGAGUUGACCAAGCACAUGGCUGAACAGCCCACCGCCAUCACCACCACUUAGAGAAGCAUCCCUCUUCUUCUCCAGCGGCAGCAAGAAAGGAGAGGAGCAAAGGUUGCCCUGAGAAGAUCCAUAUAAUACCCAAGAGACUUAAAAAAUAUAUUGCUGCCUUCAUAAGUUCAAGAAAUCCUGUCAUUUACCACUUUAGACAUCUCAUCGGACACCAAACGGAGAGAAUUGCUAUGGAAAAGACACGAAAAAGGUGGCUUUCGAAAAGAACCACAAUUCCAGUAAAGCAGGAUUUUAUUAGGUUUCUUCACUUCUUCCAAUAAAUCUGAAUUUUAGCGGUU